AUGUCCAGCGGCUGCGCGGCGGCGGAGGAGGAAGAGGCGGAGGAGGGUGGCCGGGAGUCGCGCUGUGUUACGGCGCGGUGCUCCUGGUUCUGCGCGCCGCCCGGCGGCCUGGCCCGGGCGCUGUGCCUGCGGCGGGGUGCGGGGGACGGCGAGCCCGGCAGCGAGGCCGUGCUGGCGGAGCGGCGGGCAGGUGGAGAGGAACCCUGCGAGCUGCGGCUGCAGUGCCGGCCCGGCGCCGAGAUGGUGGCCGUGGGGAUCGUGAGCCAGGCCCGCAUCAUGGAGGUGUACGCGGGUGAGGAGUACUGCGGCACCGGCCGGGGACAGAGCCGCGGCACCCGCCCGGCCCCGGGUGAAACUGAAGAGGUUACUUUAUACCACAAAUACCUUAAGUUUGAAUGCCCUGCAUCCUCCUGUAGAAUUAAGCUGCUCUCCUUUGGUGAGAAACACAGAAUACUCAUCAGUAAAAUAAUUCUAGAAGUGAAAGCAGUGUCUGCAAAACUAGCAAGUGAUUUUCCUUCACUAGGCUCAAGCAUAGAUCUAGACAGAGUGCAAACUAUAGUGGAAUCCAUGGGGUCUAAGUUGUCUCCAGGUGCUCAGCAGCUCAUGGACAUGGUCAGGUGUCAGCAGAAUAACAGUUUUCCUCUUGGAGACAAACUCAGUUGGAUCUUGGGGAAACAUUCAGACUUUGGGGGUGACGGUGCAGUGGAUGGAUUGUGCAGUGCAGCUCUUCAGUCAUCACUGAUUCCAUCAGCCAGUGAACCUUUGCCUGUUAAAAAUCAUUUAACAAGUGAAGCAGUGCACAGAGAUUUAAAAAUAGCUCAUGAUCUGAACUCAGAUGUACCUGAAAGAGGGAAUACUUUGGGUUCUGAAAGACUUCCUGCCCAGCAAAAUGCAGUUGACCUCAGGAAUGACUUGAAAGUCAUGGGUUCUUUGCAAGUGCAGCAACAAGGAGGUGACACUCCAAACGUGGCCAAACCACAGGUGCUUCUUCCUUUUCUUCAAAACUUGUGCACUCAGGUGAAUCACCUUCGGCUCAAGGAUGGAGAGAGGCACCUCAGGAAGAGUGCAGUGGCUAAAGAGGAAGGUGUUCAGAGUGCUGGAGUGGAACAACAGCCUAUUUGCUCCUAUUUGGAAAAGAUGAUUUCAAAAAACCUGGAUCUGAUGGAGAAGAAACUGAUGGACUAUAUUGACGGCCAAAUCCAGGCUCUUCAGACACACAUAGACAAUAAAAUGUUUCUCUUGAUGGAUUUGGUUCAGAACUCAAAACCAAACAAAAUUUCCCAAGCACACUAUGAUUCUAACGAGGGGUUUUCUAAUGGAGAGAGAUAGAGAGAUUCAGA